AUGUUGCAUCGAAAUACCAAGUUAUUGCGCUCCAUGUGGCAGAAAUCGAAAAAAUCAUCGAGACGCGACCGGUACAACUUCAACAGCGCGACCGGCAAAUACCACUGCCCCAAGUGCAAUAACGCCUACGGCAGGCACGACACGAUGAUGAGCCAUCUACGCCACGAGUGUGAAAAACUCCCGAGAUUCAAAUGCCCCUAUUGCCCCCAGGUCAGCAAAAAGACGUCCAACAUCUACCAGCACAUCAGGUCCGUCCACCAGAACUGCCCGGUCACCGUCGUCAAACUCUACUAAAGUUCGGUCUUUUCCUCGAAUUUCAGAUGCUAGUCUCGACUUGUGGUGCGGCAAAAUUAAUGUUUAUAUUCAUUUGACGAUCAAUUUGUUCGUAUGAUGUUUGUGGCGUUGAUUGAAAAAUUGUCACUUUUAUGAUUACUUCUUUUACAUCAAUCAGUUGUAUGAUUAUCUCCUGAAGGGCGUUCAGGAUAAUGUAAAAUUAAUGUAAACGAAGAUUUUUUUUUUUUCAUUUCAUGUCCAAAUAAAAUUGUAAUUAAAAAGUAAU